GUCGUUGACAAAAACAAAACCGAAACUCAUCAACAUAAUCAAUCUUUAUCCUCCACUUCCUCUGACAUUUUUUUCUGUUACCUUGAUCCCCAAGCUACUAAACCCUAUUCUUCUCCAAUCGAUCCCGCUGCAAGGUAAGUUUAUUAUAAACAUUUGUAUUUCACUAUUUGUUUGGUUUAUUAUCUCUAAACGGUAUUUCACUAUUUGUUUGGUUAUGAAUUUCAUUUAUUUCUUUUACAGCCAUGAACUCUAAAGGUCAGAGACACUACUCCGUUCUUACCAGAGCAGAGAUUCAUGAGAAGAUAAUGAAAGAAGUCGUUCAGAUCUCUCAAGUCUUUUCCCUGUCGCUGUCUGAUGCAACCGUAAUCCUUAUCCAUCUACGUUGGAACUCGUUCAAAGCGUCAGAUCAUUUGGGAGAGGACAAGGACAAGUUUCUGUCAGAAUUAGGUUUGGUUGGAUCCAAGUCUCCUUCUGAUGAAGAUCUUGAGGUGAUCGGUGAAGGAGAUGCUAAUCUCGUCUCCACGCCUUUAUGUUCGCAUAAGUUCUGCACAGAUUGCUGGAGAGAUUAUCUCAGCAAAUCUCUUGAGAAGAAGAAGGAGGAGGAAGAGAGAGUACUACUGAUCUCUUGCUUGAGCCAAGACUGUGUAGCUUCCGUUGGACCAGAUACAAUCGAGAAACUCACAGAGUCAGUGAAGGAGAUUUACGAGAGAUACGUCUUAGGAACGUUCGUUGAGAGCAACAACGAAACGAUCAAAUGGUGUCCUGACCCUGACUGCGACUACGCCAUUGAGCGUCAUGAUUAUGAUCCAUCAGAAGACUUUGAUGUUGUGUGUUUGUGUGGUCACAUAUUCUGUUGGAGUUGCCAGCUCGAGUCACACCUACCUGUGACUUGCAACAACGCUUCCCUUUGGUUGAAUCAACUCUUGGAUGAAUCAAGAAACCUUGCCGUGAUUUCUAAAAGAAUCAAACAUUGUCCUGAAUGCCGCAGACUUGUAAAACAUCACGACGGAGUAUGGAGCUGUAAUCAAUGCUAUGCUUCACCACCAAGCAAUGAGUCGGCUCUCAUACGUCACAUGACUCUCUGGGAUGCAAAUCAUAGAGUACUGCAGAUGUCUAAAUCGGAUCUUGAAGCCAUUGAGCCAAAAAUCAUGGAUGCUAAUUCUGGUUUAAGAGAAGCAUGGAUGCUUAUUCUUCAGUGCAGACGUAUAUUGAAAUGGAGCUGUGUGUUUGGUUAUUUCAUAAGCGAUUACCAUAUCGCCAAGAAGCAGUACCUAGAUCUCGUUCGAGAGAAAGCUACCACAAAUCUUGUUACGCACAAAAGGACUCUACAUGAGGUGACUACUGGAGUCAUCUCAGGUGGAGAUGUCACUGUCUUCAGGCAAAAGUUGAGAGACACAACAACAAGAGUUGGUAACUUCUUUCAUAACUUUGUCAAGCUUCUUGAAGAUGGUUUGUCUGAUGUUAAGGUUGAUGCUUAUGAGGAUGUAACUACUGAUUACUGGUUCUGUGAUCGCUGCACGUUCAAGAAUGACUGUUUUGAUCAAGAGUGUAGGAUGUGUGUUUUUUCUUUUGAGUCUCCUCCUCAUGUUGCUUUUGGUCACAGCAACAGUAGUACAAGUUCUCAUCAACAACAACAAGUCCUAGAUGCUUCGAAUGAUCCAUUACCAAGUCAAGGAGGAACCAAAUGA